GUUUUUUAUAAUAAAUGUGCAAGCAGUGCUUUCAUACCCAGCAGUACUGUCUGUGUGCUACUCCUUCCUGGCCUGACUAUUGCCACUACAAGCCAGACUGUUCACAGGGGGUAAAGGGGUCUAUGCUUCACCGGAAACCAGAUUGCAAUUGUGUAUCAUCUAGUCGCCCUACCAAGGAAUAAAAAAAGAAAUCAGAGUAAGAUUCUGAAACCCACGUUCAACUCUGAUGCAGGAAAAGCCGGCUGCUUGGAGACUUUGAUUUACAGAAAGCUUGGACCUUGAUCUCGGAUCUGCCUGCAAAACUGGUGUGCAUUGCUGCGACGGCCAUUAGACAAAUAAUCUCCUGAGGGAUCUUUUGAUAUAGCAAAGGCAAGGAGGCCAUUUUGUGUUCAAACUAUGGGACCUGGAGAAAUGUAACAGUUGAAUCAUGGGAGGUGCUGCUGUGGAUGACGGCCCCACUGGAGUGAAGGCCCCGGAUGGGGGGUGGGGCUGGGCGGUCCUCUGCGGCUGCUUUGUCAUCACAGGAUUCUCGUAUGCCUUCCCCAAGGCGAUUAGUGUGUUCUACAAGGAGCUCAUUCAAGAGUUCGGAGUAGGAUACAGUGACACCGCAUGGAUAUCCUCCAUUCUGCUGGCCAUGCUGUAUGGGACAGGCCCCCUGUGCAGUGUCUUGGUGAACCGUUUUGGGUGCCGUCCCGUUAUGAUGGUAGGGGGGCUUUUCGCCUCUUUGGGGAUGAUUUUAGCAUCCUUUGCCACCAGCAUCAUUCAGAUAUACUUCACCACUGGUGUCAUAACUGGUUUGGGUCUGGCACUUAACUUCCAGCCCUCGCUAAUCAUGUUGAACAGGUACUUUGACCAGAAGAGACCCCUGGCUAAUGGGCUAGCGGCAGCAGGAAGUCCCGUGUUUCUGUCCUGCCUGUCUCCACUGGGGCAUGUUCUCGAGCAUGAGUAUGGCUGGCGGGGGGGCUUCCUUAUCCUGGGGGGGAUGCUGCUCAAUUGCUGUGCUUGCGGGGCCCUCAUGAGGCCACUGCAACCCCCCAAGAAGCCAGUAGACCAGGAGGAGCCAUCCAGCAAGGUGGUCGAGAAGAAGCCUAAGAGAAAGCUGCUUGACUUUGUGGUCUUCAAAGACCGGGGUUUUUUGAUCUACGCAAUAGCGGCCUCCAUCAUGGUCCUGGGUCUCUUCGUGCCACCGGUGUUUGUGAUCAGCUAUGCCGAACACCUGGGCAACAGUGACACCAAUGCUGCGUUCCUGCUCAGCAUCUUGGGAUUUGUUGAUCUCUUUUCCCGGCCCACAUGCGGGAUCAUCGCCGGGCUCAAGUGGGUACGCCCACACUGUGUCUACCUCUUUGCCUUCGCCAUGGUCUUCAAUGGAGUGACUGACCUGGUCGGCUCCAUGUCUGUGGACUACACACACCUGGUGAUAUUUUGCGUCUUCUUUGGUAUCUCCUACGGCAUGGUGGGAGCGCUGCAAUUUGAGGUCCUGAUGGCCAUCGUGGGCACAGAGAAAUUCCCCAGUGCCAUCGGCCUGGUUCUGCUCAUGGAGGCUAUGGCUGUCUUGGUUGGACCACCUUCUGCAGGCAUGAUACUGGAUGCUACACAUAAGAACUACAUGGUUGUGUUCAUGGUGGCUGGCAGUCAAGUGACGCUUUCUGCCCUGGUUUUGGGCUUUGGGAACUUCUUCUGCAUCAAGAAGAAACACAAGGAACCCAAGAAGGAGGUGGAUGCGAGUCCAGCAGAGCUAUUGCUGAUCAGGAAGCGACCAGAGUCCAGCUUGAUGCUCUCCAGCGAGGUGGAGCAGUUCCUGAAGGAGGAUACUGAAAAGAACGGCGAGGUGAACAUGAACCCAGAGACAUGCGUGUGAACAACAGAACUGAGUGAAGGAGCAAACAAGUGGUACAAAUAUUUGUAGAUUUUUAGGGGUGCUAUAGAUUUACAUUAGGGCUGUGCCAUAUCAAAACAAGCAAUUUAAAUCAUAAAGGAAGGUCACAUGAGAAUACACUGGAGCGGGACUGUUAAUGUUAUAAAAAGGACAAAUAUUUAAGUGUCGAUCAGGACUCCUCUCCAUCAGUCACUCCAGCUAUAGAGAAUUUAAAUCUUGUGAUAAAUAAAAUGCACAAGCUAAUUCUGACUUUCCACUGCAGCAGCAGUAGAACCAAAUCAUUACCAUGCCAUACCAUGAUCAUACCACUGGGACACUUUUUUCAAAGCUUAAUUGUACCACCAGAGCACUGCCUUGAAUACAGUCUUGUGUGUGUGUGUUUUUGUUUGUUUUUUUUGUGUGUGUUGCGCAAAUGGUCACCAAGAAAAGGUGCUGAAAAACUAAGUGGAUUGAUUUUAUUUGAAUCUCCGUCAUCUUUUAGCAAUGAGAUGCUUCAAACUAUUCCCCACUUAUUGUGAGAUUCUUUUUCAUGGAAUUGUCAGCUGGGUGAGUAAACUGGGUUUGGAUAGCCUGCACUUUCCCAGCCCUCCUUGUGCAUCUUCUGCUUACCCGUUUUUGUCUAGUGACUGAGUUUGCUUUGUCCUACCAGUUUUUCUUGUGUGUCUUUUGUAACCAGUGUUGUAGCAGUGUCUUUGAGAAUCUGCAGUUUUUGGUGGAAGCAGUUACCAUGCUCUGUACAUGCAAUUUAGUAUGGCAAGCCACUCCAAGUUUCUGUUUUUAAUGUUUUAUGAUUUUAAAACCCUGUUUCCCAAAGUGAAAGGUAAUGUUGAACUUCCUGGCUCAGUCAAACAAUGAAGGUAUUGUAUGUUUACAAAUCCAGUUUGUAUUGAUAUUAUUAUUAUUAUUAUUAUUAUUUAUUUCUUAGCAGACACCCUUAUCCAGGGCGACUUACAAUCGUAAGCAAAUACAUUUCAAGUGUUACAAUACAAGUAAUACAAUAAGAGCAAGAAAUACAAUAAUUACGAUAUAUUUCUAUGUGCAGUAUUAAAGCCUGAAACGAGAAAUUGGUCAUUAAGGCUUGAUGGAUUCAGUUGUAGGAUUUAUUUAAAUAAUAAAAAAACACCUUCUGCCUAAUGAUGACAUCUGCUGGAAUGGUUGUGGAUUGCCAAGUAAUAACCAAAAUCCUCUCUAGUUAAAUGUGGGCAGCUGGAAUGUGUUCUCUGCAGCACAGUGAUUGGUGUUGAUAAGCCCUCGUCGGUCCAUGUUUGUCUUUACAACUCCUUGUGCUGUACAGUAUGUUUUGAACAGUGUGCAUUCACCAAACUCCCCCUUGGCUGUCAGUAGAAAACAUAAAUGAACACCAUGGUAGAACUGGGUGUGAAGUUUUCCCUUUUACAGAUUUGCUGCACUUCCUAUGGCCUUCCUGCACAUUUUGUCUGGCAGUUGAAAUCAAAACGGAAAUUAAUUGUGAAGGCUGCUUAGUAGCUAGAACCAAAAAAGACUGUGUUGAAAUGCAGAGGGAGGUAUCUGUUUUAAAGAUACUGCAGAGAUUACCAAAGAUGUGCCCCACAAUACUUUUCUAUUCUGCUUUGCAUACAUUGUUCAAUUUUGGCUUUCAUCCAGCCUGCAAUAAGCUCCUUCCGAUUUUUAAAUGUAUUUAAAUAUAUAUAUUUAAGUUUUGCCUCUUCUGUAAGAAGAGUAUAUCUGACAUAUUUGAGUUUGGGAGGAGAGGAGGAAUAAAUAUAUUUUAACACACCCUUUCCGUUUGCGAAACUGUUUUUCAAAAAAAAAAAAAAAAAACUCCCAGUGACACUGCAGUUUGCUUUGGCUUCUUUGGAAAGGAUUGUCUUUACGGGGACUCCUCUUUUGAAAGAUUCUAGAUAGAACAGCAAAUAAUUGGAUCUGUCCUGAGGUCUGUUAACAUUUCUGCAGACUCCAAGGGAGGUAUCCUAACAUUUCUCCAGAUGUGUAUAUAAAUUGACUUGCGUGUUCCUAUAUUCCUGGUAUGCAUACAUGAUAUAGAAUAUAAAGACUGUACAUUUUAAACUUUUGUUAUCAAUAUGAAACCAGGUGGGUCCUAAAAUGAUUAACAAGUGUUGCAUGCCUUUUGUUUGUGAGCAGACAUGUCUCUGCUGAUUGUUCAUGUGGGGUAAACCUUAUGGGACCACUGCUACAAAAAGCAAUAAAUGCAAGAUCAAAUGCUAGCAAGUUUUGUGUUCGAAAAACAAAUUUUGUACGGGAACAAAAUACCAAAAUACAUAGAUGUGUGUGGGGUGUUUUAAUUUAGAAACUCUGUUUUUACAAGAGCAUUACAGUCACCCCCUUUUGGCCAGUAAAGAGUUAAUCAUUUCAGGAAUCCUUUGUUUUGAAGGGAGGAAUACUGUUGAGAUGUUUAACUGGUUAUUUGUUUUGUAUGUGUGUCUAAUAAUAUAUAUUUUAAAUAUAUAUAAAUUCUCAUGUGGCAGGGAUAGCCUGCCUCCACUGUUCUGUGAAUGCACUUUCCCGUCAUCACCCCUGUACAGAACUGUGUAGCUUUUUUAUUUUAUUUUUUAAUUUUUUAAAACAUGCUUUUUAGUGACCCAUCACAAAUCUACUGAAAUAAAUAUUUAUGCUGUUGAA